AAGGUUCCCCGCGCUCCCGCGGCCUGCUUCAGGCUGGGUUUGAGAAACGACGCUCAGGUUUUCUUUUGAGUUCCAGCGACAAAUUCAGUAGAGGGGGAACCAGGCGUGAAUUUCCCGAGGUGGACUGCGCAUAAUGUCCGACUCGGCGAAGCGGCGCGUCCAAGCGAUCGGCAACCAGCUUGCCGACAGCAGCAUCCCGGCCGUCUUCAAAGUCGCGCCGAGCGGGCCGCGCGUCGCUGGCAAAGUCGUGAUCAUCACCGGCGCGAACUCGAUCCUGGGCAUCGGCCGUGCCUCGGCGCACCAGUUCGCCGAGCACGGCGCCAGGGCCAUCUACAUGUGCGACUACGAUGGCAGCCACCUCGAGGCGCACAAGCGCGAGAUCAACGCGCUGUGGCCCCAAGUCGACGUGCACACGCGGCAGUUCGACGCGGCCGACGAGAAGGCCGUGAAGGAGGUCGUCGACGACGCGGUCAAGCGGUACGGCCGCCUGGACGUCUUCUUCGCCAACGCGGGCAUCACCGGUCCGCACACCCUCUUCACGCAAAUGGAGGCCGACGACUUUAUGGAAACCCUGCGGGUGAACACGCUCAGCGUCUUCCUCGCGGCCAAGCACGCGGCGCCGGCCAUGCAAAUCACCUCGGCGGCGAAGCCCAGCCCGUCGGGGAGCAUCAUCGCGACGGCGUCGGUGGCGGGCUUGCGCUCGAACGCGGGCAGCAGCGCGUACUCGGCGUCGAAGGCGGCGGUGAUCUCGCUGGCGCAGACGGCCGCCUUCCAGCUGGCGGGGACCGGGGUGCGGGUUAACGCGCUGUGCCCGGGCCUGAUCGAGACGGGCAUGACGGCGCCCGUGUUCGACACGGCGCGCGCGCGCGGCACCCAGGGCCGCAUCGGCCAGCUCAACCCGCUCAAGCGCGCCGGCCACGCCGACGAGAUCGCCCGCGUCGCCCUCUUCCUGGCCAGCGACGAGAGCAGCUACGUGAACGGCCAGGCCUGGGCCGUCGACGGCGGCCUCAGCGCCGGGCUUCCCUACGUCCUGGGCAAGAUGGCCUGACCUUGGCCCGACUAGGGUGGGAGGGGGAGCUGAAGCCAGGGGAGUUCAGCUUAUGUGUUUGCAGAUGUAGGAGGGCCGGGGGUUCGGUUCAUCCUGUAGCCCUCCUGGGAGGUAAGAGAUUCUGAGAUUCUGCUUCAGCGCUUUCCUGACGGAUCGGAUUGUUGCGUGUCGCGUGCUUGAGGGUUAGGGCUGAAUGUGCCUUGGAGGGUAUGGGCGCAGGGGAAGGUCUCACUUUCACAACCAGGCAUGCCGCACGGAGGAAAUGAGACAUCGCAAGCUCAAUUGGACUGGAGUGUCCGGAAUACAGUAGUUAGACGAGCUCUCUGCUAAGAACACCGAACGAAAAGUCGAAACAGGCAGCUGACAAUCCGCCUCAGCUUAAAUCGUGCAA